AUGCGAAGCGUCUCGGCUUUUGCCCGCCUCUCAGCGCUGGGGAAGUAUCUAAGGCAGUCACGCCAUUUUCAAGCCGCUGCCCUCCCCACUACCCUACAACAACUCCCACCACGCAUACCCUCUGUUCACCACCGGCAGUCAUUGAUAUCUGAACACCAACUCAGCACCAUGGCCAUCACCAUCGCAACAGCCCAAAAGGGCGUUCUAGUCUCCAAGCUGGGCGGUCCGGAAGUUCUGGAAUAUAAAACCGACCUUCCCGUCCCAACCCCAAAGGAGGGCCAAGUGCUGAUAAAAAACCACCUCUCCGGCCUGAACUACAUUGACACCUAUUUUCGCACAGGCCUCUACAAAUCUUCCAAACCGGAGGUUCUGGGCCGUGAGGGAGUCGGCACCAUUGUCGCCGUUGGCCCAGGUCCCAACCCGAAGAACUUCGCUGUAGGCGAACGAGUAGCAUGGAUGGGCACGGCCGCCUAUGCGGAGUACUCCAUUGCCCUAACUGAGGCGCAUAUCGCCCGGGUUCCUGCAGGGUUGUCGGAUGAGCACGUUCUUGCAGCCUUGCUAAGUGGGCUUACGACGCUUACAUUUACCAAGGAGGCGUAUCCGGUUAAGAAGGGGGAUUGGAUUUUGAUCCAUGCUGCCACGGGCGGGGCGGGGUUUUUGAUGACGCAAUUGGUGAAGUUGGCUGGUGCGAAGGUUAUCGGCACAGCUGGGGGUCUGGAGAAGGUGGAGUUGGUGAAAAGUCUCGGGGCUGAUGUGGUUAUUGAUUAUAGGAGCGCGGAAGGGGCGAAUUGGGUGGAAAAGGUAAAGGAGGUGACGGGAGGAGAAGGAGUAGAUGCUGUGUUUGAUUCGGUUGGAAAGGAUACGUGGGAAGGGAGUUUGCAGGUUGUGAAGAGGAAGGGUACGGUGGUUUAUUUUGGGAAUGCGAGUGGGCCGGUGCCGCCGUUGCAGAUACAGUUGUUGGCAUCUAAGAAUAUCAAGAUUCUCCGUCCAACUGUGUUCCCGUAUAUCCAGACACAAUCAGAAUUUGAUCAUUAUACGGAAGAGCUGUUUGGCUUGCUGGAGUCCGGACAGCUGCGAGUUAGGAUUCACAAGAUUUACCCCUUAGAAGAAGUUGCGCAAGCUCACAUUGAUAUCGAAAGUCGGAAAACAACUGGGAAACUCCUCCUCAAGCCGUGA